GUGUAUGUCGGCUACAUAAGGCCAGAUAAAGCACUCUCCAUUGUUCAGUGUCGUUUUGGGAUCCCCAUUGUUCUGCUCAACACCCAUCUCCCUCCUCCAGGUCCAGCCAUGGCACCAAAGAAGGCAAAGAAGAAGUCGGCGGAAGGAGCCAACUCAAACGUUUUUUCAAUUUUUGAGCAGUCUCAGAUCCAGGAGUUUAAGGAGGCAUUCACAAUCAUGGACCAGAACAGAGAUGGAUUCAUCGACAAAAAUGACCUGAGGGACACUUUUGCAGCCCUGGGACGCCUCAACGUUAAGCAGGAGGAGAUAGAUGAGAUGCUGAAAGAGGCUUCCGGCCCUGUGAACUUCACCGUAUUCCUGACCAUGUUCGGGGAGAAGCUAAAAGGUGCUGAUCCAGAGGAGACUAUUCUCAAUGCAUUUAAAGUAUUUGACCCUGAAGGAAAAGGAGUCCUGAGGAAAGACUUUGUAACAGAGAUGCUGACAACACAAGCAGACAGAUUUACCCCUGAAGAGAUGGAGCAAAUGUUUGCGGCCUUCCCACCAGACGUGGCAGGAAAUCUAGACUACAAAAACCUGGUGCACAUUAUCACGCACGGAGAAGAGAAGGACCAGGAGUAACUAACCUCCACUUUAAAAUGUCUGUCAAGAGGGUAGAAAUAGAAACUCUAGACAGCAGACAAUCAAGAACUUCUAUUUCUACAUUCAACCAUCCAAACACCUGUUGGGUGUCAUCAAUCAUCUCCAGGCUUCAUCCUGUGCUUUCCCUGUCCACUUCCAUCAUCAGAUUGGCUGAUGUUGACCAGCCAGGAGUUAUUCACUAGCUCUGUCGCCAGUCAAUCGUUCCCUUCCAGUAAGCCUAUGCCAAGAGGCCUUAGUUAGCGAUCCCCUGCCACCUGCAUCCUUGGAAGAAGAGUAGAAGGACUACGCGAACAAUCAAUGGCCUCUCUCCUCCGAAAGGCUCAAAUCACUUAUUAACUGGCCAUCUUCUUUGGUUGUCCUUCAUCAGCAGUGGUUAAGCUAACUUGCAAGAAACAUUGUGUAAAUGGUCUCCUCAGCCAAAUGGUUGAAUUCAUUUGGCUACAGCAAUUAUAUGGGCUGAUCACUUUUAAAUAAAUAUUGUUUCCUGUG